CGGAUCUCGCCGCGGAAGAGAGUCGCGACGAUCGACAUCUCCGGUGGCGCUCCGCGCUCCCGCGCUCCAGUGCAGUUUCUUUGUCAAUUUGAAAGGAGUACCGCGGUCGGGCGUGUCCAGCGUCGUGAAGGAAUUCGCGGGUUUGUGUACGCACAAGGAUAAUUGCGUCGUUGCGCGAACGUCGCUCGCGAGGUCUCGCGACGAUGAGCUGUCGUGUGUCGAAAUGACGACGCUGCAGCGAAGCUGGAUGUCCGACAUCGAUCGACUUUCCGAGGCGGUAAACAGCAUACAGAAAUGUUUGGAAUGCGCGAUAUGCCUGCAGCUUAUGACAGCACCUGUCAGAACAAGAUGUGACCACUCGUUCUGUCAGAAAUGCAUAGGAAGGGUCUUGCGCAAGAACGCUCCUUGUCCACUGUGCAAGGAGGUCCUCAAUAGACGCAGUAUAUUCAAAGAUGAUCAUCUGGAAUCGUGUAUCCACAAGUUCCAGAAACUGGUGGAUGCCAUUCAAACUGACAGUCACAUUGACAUACAGUCGCACUUGAAGCAGCCGCGCGACACGAGAGAAAGCUGCUCGAAUUCGGGUAGUAGUCAGUCUAAGGUCUCCCGCAAGAGGAAAACGACAAGGAGACAGUCGAUUCGCAGUGACCACAGUGCCUCUAAGACAGACAGGCCGUCGUCAAGCCGGAGAACUGACUGCGAUAAUUCACGAUAUGACACGGACUCAUUGAUCCGACAGUCCGAUUCAACUUCAUCAACCCCGACCGUCCUUCCCAUCGACGAGGAUGAUGUGCGUUACGAUACGUCGGAGGCUAAGGUUCGUACGUGGAUACACUCGUUCAUCGAAGAGUCUGAUAUUAAUAUCGAGGGCAAUGCGGAAGAUGAGACGCGUCCGAACAAGGAGAACAUGUCCCGAGCGAAUAAAGGCGCGAAGAAGAGGCGGCAAUCCGGUAAUGACGUAAAGAACAACGAUCCUAACGCAAGUAAUUUAAAGUACAAUGCGAUCCAUGCUAAGACACGUUCGAAGGAUCGCAAGAGGUCCGCGAGCGCUGGGAAAUCGAACGUCGAGGACCGCGUCGACAUUCACCGGGAGGAUUCGUCUUCGUCAGCGCUGGCGACGGCGAGCGCGCCCGCGAUCGUUGAUAGGCCUCCCUCUGUGGAUACUUGGACUCGUGUGAUGGAGGUCGGCAAGGAGAUGCGCGGGAAGAAAAAGAAGAUGAAGAAGUUGAGUGUGAGUACCGAAAAGAGUAUCGAGAAGAGUAGCGAGAAGAGUAUUGACAAGGAUAGCGAGAAGAGUGUUGACAAGGAUAGCGAGAAGAGUGUUGACAAGAGUAUGGAGAGCAUCGAGAAGCGUCUGAAGAGGAAUAAGAAAAUCCCUCGCAUAAUAGAAGACGUUAUGCUGUCACCGAGUAGCAAAUACGAGUCACUCAAUAAGAGCGCGACGUAUGACGACACGAUCAACAAUGAAAUGAAUGUAUCUAAUCAGCAGCGGGAGUCGACCGGUUGGCAGCAGGACGUGACUGAUAAUAAGCCGGACUUAUCGGUUGUAAAAAUAACACAGAGAGCAUCAGUGAGUGAAAGACCAGCUCGCAAUCGGGAGAAAUCGUUCGCCAAUGACAAAACCAACUCUUCGAUGCUCGAAACUAGUUAUCACUCGGAGACAUCGUUCAUCACGCUGGCGGAAGGUGAGCAGACGCGUAUAAAAAAUCUCAACAAUCGUCAAAUGAAUGAGAUUAUCGGCUUCGAAGCAGAUUCUGACGGGCUGACGGGCAACGACGCGAACGUUUCGAAGCGAAAGCAUCAGCUCAAGCAGAAGAAAGACGAGGAGCAAGAGGAGGACACGAGGAUCAUGAUGGAGCCGUACGUCGAUUCGCCGUCGUCGCAUCAGCAAAGAUUGAUCAUACUGACGCCGGAAAAACUCAACGAAUCCGUGCUAAAAAACAGAGUGAGCGACUCGCGAACUUCCGUCAGCAAGUUGAUGAGCCCUACGUGCUUGCCGACGACCGAACGAACGACAGCAGCAACGACUCCGAGAGAAACAGAAGUAGCAGUCACGUCUCAGUCGCGAUCAUGGACACCGAACAAGUUAUCCAGGCUGUCCUUGAAGAGAUACUCCAAGAACAUCGAGUCGCCGUUAUCGAGCAACAUUCCGCUCUCGGUCAACGACUCGAGCUCGAAAGCUCCUAAGAGCGUUGAUUCAUCAAUGUCGAAGAACAGUCAGACCUUUGAGCGACUGGAGAUUGUCAAACGCGACUUGAGUUCGCAGAUUGACAAGGAUUUUCCGCAAACCGGUCAAGCUAUCGAGGACGUACCGGUUACAGCCGGUACGUCCUCGAAGAACACAAUCGUGAUAAAGAAGGAUAACAACGGACACGUUGGCGGGACCGUUCACCAAGGCGAGUCAAGACUCACGUUAGACUCCACGAGGUCGAGAAAGUCGAGAGACAUUAAUCGGACGCGAAAGAACCAAGAAUAUGGUUUUCCCAUAAAGUUCACGCAGUUAGGCACGCUGGUCAGACGGCGGGACAUUAAGUAUUAUUAUCGGGGCGUGCUAAAACACGAGCAACGUUUACCGGGGAAGAUCCGAGUGAGCACGGCAUACAACAUGCAGCAGUCGAUCAGCAAGAGCGAGAUGACAAAGCCUCCACACAAUUUCACGUCUUCGCCCGCUUCUUCGAACGAUUCGCAGAACUCCACGGGCGGCGUCAUGCUGGAGGACGUUCGCUACAUGGACAAAUCGGUCUCGAACACGAACACCGUCUUGGAGGUUACGAGGCUCAGCCGCGGAGUCUCGGCGAGCUCGACACCGAAGAGACACGCGAGUUGCACGGUUGAUCGCACGGUUGAUCAAGGAAACUCACCGAGCGCGAGCAAACCACCGGUCGCGGAAGAAGCUGUACGAUCGCCUCGUACACCUCGCGCGGACCGAAGCGCGACGAAGAACGUUACAAGCAACUCCAUCAAGCUAUUGUCACCGGACAAGGACUCGCAGCUCAAGUUUCUCACCAUAGACUCGCCGAUGAGUCAACACGGUCAGUCUGAACUCGCGACUUCCACGCGAGUUCUACCACCGGUAGAAUCCGAAUUCGAGAAGAAAAAAGGCCCGGCUACCAUCAAAAACAGCAAGAACCUGGCCGAGACGAAAGACUCGCAAUGGCUCACCGACGAGUUCGGGCCUUCCUCUGGAAGCUCCGAAUUCCAACCAACAGCGAACACGAAGAAGAGAAGCAGACGUAUCUCUGAGGACGAGAAACUCGAAGGGAAAAGCGACGUCGACGACGUCGAAGACGACUCCAGCGACUCGGUGGCCAGCAUAAAUAGUCUAUGCACGGUGAAGCUGUCCAACAAGAAGACAUGCAAGAGCCAAGAGAAGACGAGCUCGAUCGACAAGAGGCGUCGCUUGAGCUCGUCGCGCAAUCGAGUCGACGACAUGGUCUUGGAGCCUGACAACCCUACGAGACAAGCGCACGAGAGAAAGUUCAGGAGGAUAGUCUCAAUCUCGGACUCGGAUUCGGAGUUGGAGUCGUGGACGUGCGUCGCGACCAAGUCUCACAGAAACACGAGCGGCGAUCGAUACGACCAGAGAAACGCGUCGAUCGUGAGCACACCCACGAGGAGAUCGGCGAGGGAGGCUUCGGACGAGGACCUCCGUAUUCGGAGUAUAGUCGACAAAUGGAACAGCGAGCACAGCGCGGGGCAAAAGAGACCGGCCGAGGGGACGAGGGUCGCGCAGGGCACUUCAAAGCGGACGAGACUCACUUCCGAAGAGACGACGACGAGCCACUGUCGCUCUCUCUCGACUAAUUCGUCCGAGGGCCAGAGACGCGCCAAGUCGAGCAAGAGCACCGUGACGAGCGAAUCGGACCCAUUCUUCGAGAGCAACAGCGUGUUCAAUUCACAGGGCCUACAUCAACUCGCGUGUCAUAUGAAUGACAAGUCGAGCAAGAGCCGGAAGUCGCAGAGUUCCAUGGAUCCGUUCAACGACGACAUCAUCAACCGAGUGCUGGAGAUCGACCGGUCGCCGAAGAGCAAUCACGGCGCGCGUCGGUCGACAGGUGUCGCCUCACGGAACAAUAACGACGACGACGACGGCGACGACGACGACGAAGGGGCGAGUAGUCAAAGGGGUAAGAACGAGCCGGGAAGCAACUUGCUGCAGGACAAUUUCGACGAGAUCAUCGCGAACGUCGAGCUGCCACAGAGCGAGGACAUGAUAGCCUGUAGCGAGCUGCCGGCUCGCCGUAAUUCCGAUCGCAAUCUCAAUCGCAUGCUGACGGAACAGAACAUGUCGAGCUGUCCAGCGAUGACGAAUGAGUCGCGCGACGCAGUCGCACGGCACGGCCAGAUGAUAGCCGCGUCGUCCACCGCCGACAUCUUCGAGUGCAGCGGUUACACCGCCGGCAAAAACGUCAAGAGAACACACUCGAGUAAAACCUCGGCAAAUUCCGACAAGGAGAACACUCACUGCCAAAGGAAACACGCGGAUCACGCGGCGGAGGAGGAGCGGAAGGACAAGAAAAAUGUUAGCGCCAAGAGCCCGGACGCGGUCGACAACAAGACGGCGUUGAAGAAAAGUGCGUCGCAGGAGAAAUGUAGCUUCUUUGAGCGCGCCGCGGUGACGGAGAGAACGCCGCGGAAGGAGAGGGAAAUUAACGUUCCAGCGGCCCCAGCGAGUCGGCACCGAGCGAGCGACUCCGAGAUGAGCGCGAAGGAUCUCUCCUCCUCCGAGUACGACACUCUCAUGAACAUCACGCUGCAGCAGGCGCGACUAAGGAUGAUCGAGGAGGAUCUGUUCGGCGGCGCGCCCGGCCGGGUAGGGACGAAGACGGAGAGGACGAGUGCGCGGAACGAUCCGCUUCGAGAGGAGCAACGCACCCCGAAGAAGAGGAAGAGGAACGCGACGUCGGGGGAACACUCCGCCGACGAAGACGACAUUGUGGAGAACACUCCUGAGACGAAGAUGAGGAACAGCGGCAAAACAUCCGGCGGCUCGAGUACGCGGCGAAAUCUAACGGCCCUGUACCUGUCGCCGAUCCCCAGCUCGACCACGUCCCCGCGCCAAAGACCGACGUCGAGGAGCGAGCAGGCGAACACGCCUCACUGCCAGACUCAUCUCAUGUAUCCGCUUUAUCAAAGCACACCGAAGGUGACGUCCAGCUCCAUCACCGUCCCCGCCGUCACCACGACGACGACGACGACGACGGAUAGCUGUCGCAAGGCUGGCGCGUCCACGACGGCCGGCAAAGGGCGGCAGCUCAACAAGCAGCAACGCGCGACGACGAGCGGCGCCGCGUCAUCGUUGACCAAGCGGACGGCGGACGGCAACACGACGAAGGUCGACAACACGACAGCUCGACCGGGAAAGAACGCGCAUCGGCGGUCCGACCUGGGCAGGCUGCGCUUCGUGUGCAGCGGCUUGACGACGACUCAGAUCGCGAGCGUGCAGAAGUUCGCGCGGCUGCACGACGCUGAUUACGCGAGACAGUUCGACCCGGACGUCACACACGUGAUCGUCAACACCAGCGGCGCGGAGAACAUGGCCAAGAGCACGCUCAAGUACUUGCAGGGCAUCGCACAUCGCAAAUGGGUCGUCAGCUACAAGUGGAUCGAGGACUGCGCCACUGCCGGCCGCAAGCUGCUGCCUGAGGCCCCUUACGAGGCGACUACGCAGAGUGCCGACGUCAACGGACCCGGGCCCCGGAAUUCGCGGCUGAGCGACAAGGGCCUCUUCCAGGACUUCACGUUCUUGUGCGUCGGCCCGUACGACAACGUCUCGUUGAGCCAAUAUCAGGACUUGUUACGCGCCACGGGAGCCACUGUGGUUGACUCUAUGGAGACUCUCGCCGUCCAGAAGAAAGGUUUGAGAGGCGUCGUGAUCCAAGGCGACACUCAGGACGACAAUACAAUCGAAUAUUGGUACGAGAACGCCCGGGCGGCGCCGAUUCUCAUCGACUGGGUCGUCGAGUGUAUUGGCCACUACAAACUCUUCCCGCUCAUCCCCUACAUCCAGACGCUGUCGCCGCAGCACUACUGCGCGAUCGGCUACCCGCGGGAGAUCGUCGGGGACGACGAGUACAGCGACAUGUCCGGCUGAUGCGGGAAACGGUUGCCUCCAGCCGGCAACUCGUUCAUUGUUCCGACAGCUUGAGUUGACCAAGCGACUGCAAUAAUUGUUUUCUUCUCGCGUGUCUACUGUAUGUGUGUGUGCCGCUAAAUCGUUGUUUCAUUUGAGCGUCGUCAGCCCGUCGAUGCAUCGAGUGCGCCUACGUUACACGCGAGUUAUCGUGUCUGCGGAUCCGGUAUCGCAAUUUAUAAUUUCGUUUUCAUAAUAAAGAGUUAUCUAAUCAUAAUCUAAUAACGACCGUCUGUCUAAUCAAAAACCCUUGUUUCCUCCCCUUCGCUGGAACCACUUUUCCUAGUAUCCUCUCUCGUGCUCUUCAUCUCUCUCUCU